AUGUUCAAAUGUUCUCGAAAAGCCAAAACGGGUGGGCUCAUAUCCAAACAGAGACAAACCUACUAUUUAGUCAGAUCGAAUAGACAGCCGGCGUUAAAAUUAGAUGUACAACUAUGGAACCUGAUAAAUCUAGUUCAAAUUCAAAAAACUCUCACUCACUCUUCAUCAUCUUCAAGUUCUUCUGAAUCGUCGGAACCACCGAAGAAAUCUCCGUUACAACCUCAAACAAAUGCUUUCUCAAUAGAGAAUAUUUUGAACACAACGAAUCCUAUAAUAAUUCCAAAAAUUGAACUAGAGAAUGAUGGUGAUUCAUCUUCAUCUCCUUCUCCCACUUCCUCAACUGGCUACACUCUCGAUUCUCUGCAAAGCAUCGAUAGAAGAAGUUUAAACAAAAAGAAUCUCUCGUCGUCGUCUCAAAACCGUUGCGUUUGUGACAAAUGCGGGAAGAGUUACGCAACAACUUCAAAUCUCAGCCGGCAUAAACAGACCCACCGGGCACUGGAUAGUCCUCAUGCCAAACAAUGCCCCCAUUGCGAUCGAGUAUAUGUGAGCAUGCCUGCGUUGAGUAUGCAUAUCUUAACACAUAAUGCUGCUCACGAGUGUAAUGUCUGUGGAAAACGGUUUUCUCGUCUUUGGCUGUUACAGGGACAUCUCAGAUCUCACACUGGUAUUCGACCGUUUCCAUGUGCCCAUUGUGGGAAAUCGUUUGCUGAUCGGAGCAAUUUGAGAGCACAUAUGCUCACUCAUACAGGGGACAAACGAUUCGAAUGCGACAAAUGUGGACGACGAUUUGCUCUUCGUUCCUACUUGAAUCGCCAUUUGGAAACUUGUAAAUAA